GAUACAUCAGUUAUGCGGCGUGUAACACUCGGACUCUCCAAGUAGGCAAUUAUACCGAUGGCGCCCGAUUACGAUAAAGCAGCUGGCAGCCCUUUGCUUGCCCAAUGAUAAAGGGAUUCGUUCCUUGCAAGAGUCCUGGAAAACUUCUAUUCCUUCCAUAGCCUAGACUCUAGCGACUCAGUAGACAGACAUACACACGCAUACUCAUACCUACCUACCUACUCACUUUCACUCUCACGCACACAAUCUCUCAUACACACACCCUCAUAUACACAUACACAGUCUCAUACAUACGCACACACGCACACGAUUCAAAUCUCGCUAGUCGCCUCGAGAGCCUCAUGACUUCGCGCGAGAACCCGCAGGGCGAUGUUGUAAAGCCCAAUCCCCAAAUCAAAGAGACUUUCCAUUUGGAGCUCUAACUCUGUGCAAAGAUAUCCGACAUGGACUUGGCCGCGUCCUCGUCGGCAGCUGCUCGUAUGUGCUGCGCGGCGCUAGAGCCGGUGCUGACAAACCGUGUGACCCUACGAAACGACUCGUUGUACCCGGUGGAGAGAGACGCUCCUUGGUCGCAGACGUGCUGGCUCCCGGCGACCUGCUUCGUCCGGCCGAGUAGUGCUCAGGACGUGGUGGAGACCUUAAAGGCUGUGAAGCAGACGGGAUCCAAGUUUGCCGUCCGAUGCGGCGGUCAUAAUCCCAACCCGGGUUUCAGUAGCAGCGACGAUUCGGGCAUCGUGAUCGACCUUCGCGACCUUAACACGCUGCACCUCGGACAGGACGGGAUCUUGCAGGUUGGCGCGGGAAACAAAUGGGGCGCCGUCUACGAAUACCUCGAGGAACGUGAGCUUACCAUCAUCGGUGGCCGACACAAGGACGUUGGUGUCGCUGGUUUUCUCCUCGGAGGGGGUAUGCCCGCCUUCCCGGGUCUCUACGGGCUGGGCGCAGAUCAGAUCAAGAACGUCGAGGUCGUGCUAGCUGACGCGACCGUCGUGAACGCCAAUGAGGAAAGCAACCCAGACCUAGUAAAGGUCCUCAAAGGCGGCGGGUCAAACUUUGGCAUCGUGACGCGCUUCGACAUCCAGACGUAUCCGCAGAUCAAGACGCAGUAUACGGUCAACGUUUACGACCCGUCGGACUACGUCAAUAUCAUGCGGGCCGCGGCAGAGCUGCAAGUGUCCAUGGAAGCCGAUCCCAAGAUUGGCACGUUCACAUACGUCAACCCCACAUUCAUCGCCGUCGGACUAUUCUACGCUGAAUGGGUUGAAGAAAGGCCCAAAGCUUUCGACACCUUCUUCAACCUAAAAAGCCUCAUCUCGGCCGCCGUGCCCACGACAAAUGGCACUAUGAGGGAUCUUGUCCUGGCCAUCGGAACCGAUUUCCCGGUUGCUCGGCGCCAAUACGCAUCCCAGGCGUCCAAGGUCGAUGCCGACUUCUACGUGGACGUAUACGAACACUAUCAGCGAGUGGUGAAGAAAUACCCGACUGCUGGCAACUUAUCCUACAGCAUUCAGCCAGCCUCGAUCGCGGCGAUCGAUGCUGGAGAGAAAAAGGGCGGCAAUAUUUUAGGGCUAGAGAAAGUCCCUCAAUGCUGGUGGGCAUUCGUUGCUGAGUGGGAGGGCCAGCAAAACGAUACCGUCGCAGAAGAGGCGAUCGACGAGCUCUACAAAGGUAUGCAGAAGCUUUCCCAUGAGAAAGGGCAGUGGCUUGACUUCAUCUUCAUGAACGAAGGGAAGUGGACACAAGACGUGCUUCGCAGCUACGGAGCGAGCAGUAUGAGCAAGAUGGAUGAGGUAAGGGCCAAGUAUGACGCAGAUAGCGUGUUCCAGACUCUGCAGCAAGGCGGAUAUCUGCUCUCUAAGGCGGUGUGAUCCCACGUACCGAGCCCUAUCGAAUACGGCUGGCUACAUGCGAGAUCUGGCUUUCGUCAUCACCCAUCGACUCAAGGGCACAAUUUUGGCUUGGAAAAUAGUUGAAUGGCGUUUCGAGAGAACUUAGCUCUAUACUUGUUAACAUGUAGGUCCUAGGUAGGCAUCUAAGAUAUUAGCCACUGGGAAGGUUCCUCCGCAUCCCCUUAGAUUGUAUCCCUUGAUGCUAUCCGUGCGAAUUACGUCAUAUCCGAGAGCCUUAUAUUCCGAGUCCUAAGUCGUUGGUCUGCGGAAGGGUACGUUGUCAC